AUGCUGCGACAAGACUUUAACCGCAUCGACCCCAAGCGACGCAAUGUCAUUGACCACCGACGCAAGCAGUUCGCGACGGCCCAGUACAAGGAAGCCGAGUACAAGCAUCGCCUCAACUUUUACGCGGACCCUCCCACGGCGGACAUAACUCUCGAGCAGUUUGAGCAAUGGGCCAUCGAUCGUCUUCGCGUCCUCGCCGAACUCGAAGCAUGCUCGUUCCGCAACAAGUCCCCCGCCGAGACGGCCUUGCACAUGAAGCCCAUUCUCGAAAAGUACCUGCCGCUUGACUCCAACUCGUCGUCCUCGAGCAAGCUUGCCGCGCAGCGCCAAAAGGACCACUACAGCCACUUUAUCCUGCGCCUGGCCUUUUCCUCGACCGAGGACCUGCGCCGCCGCUUCACGCGCGUCGAGACGAUGCUCUUCCGCAUCCGCUUCAACAGUGACGACCUGGCCGAUCGCGCCGGCUUCGUCGCCGGCCUCGACUUUGACUGGUGGCACCCCGUGUCCGACGAGGAGCGGCGCCUGUACGCCGCCGAGCUGGCCGCCAUGGCGAGCACCAACCGCAAGGCUGGCGGCGGCAACGAAGACGAGGGAUGGUUCCGCGUCGACUGGGAGCGCGUGCCGGACCUGGUCGAGAGCCGACGCGUGUUUCUCAAGGCCGGCAAGGCCUUUGUCCCCGUCCGCGAGCAGGCGAGCAUGGUGGUGGCCGAGUUUUCGUCCAGACUGGAGAAGCAGCUGGCACUCACGGCCCGCGCCCUCCCCCGCCUCGACGAAGACGACCGCCUGACGCCCAUCCUCAACCACCUGUCCAAGAACUUCAUCACGCCCGACUCGGCGUACAUGUCCAACACGGCCGCACCCGACGGCGCCGUCAUCUCGGCCGCCAACAUUGACAGCCUCUCGCAGCACUUCCCCGCGUGCAUGUCGCACCUGCACCGCUCGCUGCGGCGCGACGCGCACCUCAAGCACUACGGGCGCCUGCAGUACACGCUCUUCCUCAAGGGCAUCGGGCUGAACCUGGAGGAGGCGCUGGCCUUUUGGCGCAGCAGCUUCCACAAAAUCACCGACGACACGUUCAACAAGGACUACCGGUACAACGUGCGCCACGCGUACGGCGACGUCGGCGGCGACUCGAACCGUCGCGGCGGCGGCUACAGCUCUUUCAGCUGCCAGAAGAUCCUCACCGAGCACCCGCCGGGCGCCGGCGACGCGCACGGCUGCCCGUACCGCCACUUCAACCUCGAGAACCUGACGGCGCUGGUGCAGUCGAUGGGCGUGGCCGACCGCGGCGUGCUGCAGGGCGUCAAGGAGGACAAGGACACGCAAAAGUACCACAUGGCAUGCAACCGCGUGUUUGAGCAUCUGCACAAGCAAGAGAUUAAAAAGGCCAAGGACGAGGGCAUCAUGACGUCCAACCAGCUCGAGACGAUUGUGCACCCCAACGAGUAUUUCAAGCGCAGCUACCUGCUGAAGAAUCUGGGCAAGGAAUCUGAUACCAAGAUGGAGGACUGA